AUGAACUUGUCGAAGGACGUCCGUUUUGCUUCUAAGAUGGCUUGCCUUAGGACAGCUGAUUGUCGUCUCCAGUUUGAUCAGCAGUGUUGCGAAGGGCGUCCCAACUUCCAGUCUGAUCAGCAGUGUUGCAAAGAGCGUCCCUCCCAGUCUGAUCAGCAGUGUUGCGAAGGGCGUCCCUCUUACACUGAUCAGCAGUGUUGCGAAGGGCGUCCCGCUUUCUUUUAG